GCUCCAGACCUCUCGUGGGCGGGUUCGGAAUUCCCUUUUCCGUGAAUAUUCUUUACUUAACACCUCCUCACAGUCUCCUGGUUCAGAACAGAGUGCUGACCCAGCCAUUUCUCCCACGCCUGAGGAUGCUGGUCCUGCUGUAGAGUUGGACUCCUAAGGACAGCAGGAUGCGAGUGGAGGAAACUGGAAUCCCCGGGCCUCAGGACUGAGGUUUAGAUAUGAAUCAAAGCAGUGAAGGAUGUAUGAAAAAGAUUAGCAAUGUGAAUAUUGACAAACUUAUAAAUGACUUCUCACAGAUAGAAAAGAGGAUGAUAGAAAACAGUGGAAAGAACAAUAUACUGGAUAUGCAGUUGGAAAAAGCUAACUGUUUGUUGAAAGUAAUGCAAACAAAGGAGGUCGCAAUUAAAGAAGAAUGUGCUACUCUUCAUAAUAUGAUAAAAGGGCUACAACAGACCAUUGAAUAUCAACAUAAUUUGAAAGGUGAAAAUGAACAACUAAAAAGAAAUGCUGAUCUUAUGAAAGAAAAGUUAAAAACUCAUGAACAGGAAUAUAAGGAUAGUAUUGCCAAACUUAUGAGUGAAAUGAAAAUCAAAGAGGAGGGACAUAAGACAGAACUAACAAAACUUUAUCAAGAUAUGCAGAAAAAAGUUGAAUUAAGUGAAGAAAAGAAUAAAGAACUGAUAGAGAAAAAGGAGGUGGAAAUUUCAGAGUUAAAUGCAAAGUUAAGAACUCAAGAAAAGGAAAAACAAAGUGAAAUAAUCAAACUACAGCUAGAGUUUGAUGCCAAACUAGCAAGAGUUCAAACUAAAUCAAAAUCAUAUCCAGAUUCUACUGUUUUGCCACACAGUAUCUACAGAAGGAAGCUUCAGCAUCUUCAAGAAGAAAAAAACAAGGAGAUUGCAGUUCUUCGUAAUACCAUUCACGAUUUAGAGCAACGCCUCUCUGUUAGCAAAGAUUCUCAAUUUAAACUUGCUGGCAAAGAUUCUCACUUUAAGCGUAGACGGUUUUGAGUAUGGAAGUAAAUUCAUUAGUUGCUAUUUAAUUUCUUUAAAAGCAAUUGAAAAUUCACUUCUAUUGUCAAUAUAACAUAGUACCUAAGUAAUUACAAUGAAAACAAAAAGACAGCUUUAAACUUCAUUGAGUUUAUUUAAACAAAUGCACACUUUUGCCAAUCAUGUUCUGCAUUCUUGCUUAAUAGUAUUAACCAUAAAAAAGUUCAAGUUUAUAGGACUUAGUUUACCUAUUGAACCAUCAUUGACUAUGGAAAUACUUUCUAGGCAAUCAAGAGAUAGACAACACUCUUUUAUCGUUUCCCGUCUAUCUUUCAAGACUGGCAAUCUUAAAUUUUAAAGAGUACGAUACAAUGCUAGACAAAGAAAGCAAGAUACAAAAACUUCAUUCAUAUGUGAUAGUAAAAAUCAAGAUAUGAGUCUUGGAUGUAAAAAAAAGUAUAAAUGGAUAUCUAAGAUGUAAUCAUAGCAAAAUAUUCAUGUAUGAGUAUUUCUGGAUCUGAAAAGACAGAAAUCACUUCUUUCUUUAAAGGUUUAAUUUGUUAAAAAUGUAGGAUUAAAAAGACAAAGAUAAUAUUGUUUGAGAAAUAAGUAAAGAAAAAAAUGGAAAACAUGUCUUUGUUGUUCUUCCUCCAUUCUAAGUUGCCGACUAUCCAACAGAAACCCCUAGGUCAUAGUUUAUGUUUCUGUUCUCAUUAAUGCAAGUAGAAUGCUGAAGAAAGAAAAAGAAAAACAUAUUAACCAAAUGCUGCAACCACCUUUCAGUUGCCCUGUAAUAAAAAUAUGGUUGGGGGUCAAAAUUUUUUGACUUAAAUUUUAAAAUGUGGAAGCCAAUUUCUCCAUGUUUACACAAAUCCAAUUCCUAUUUUUGGAUCACUAUUAAUUAGGUAGCUUAUAAAAAUGCGGGAAAUGUAAUUGUCUAGACUGACUUGGGCAGUAUAUCAGAUUUUAAAAAUUUAAUUUGGAGGUCAUUUUCACAUUUCUGCCUUCUUUUUUCAGCUUCAUUUGGUGCUGGCUUCUGUAGGGUGGAGCUGCUGACUUGCCUGGCAGGCAGCUGGAGGCAAACGUCACUGUCAAGAUUCAGUGACGAGCUCCUCUGCCAGAAGGCCCUGUCAGCUACAUAAAGAGGGGAGGUUUUCUUUACACUGUCAGGUGACUGCAGACCCUGUUUUUUCAAAUAUCAGA